AUGAAGAAACUGAUAUGACUUUUACUUUCCAAAUUCCAAAUUCUGAAUCAUUCUUCACUCAAUCUUUUCCCCAUUGCUGAACAAGGUGAGAAAAAUGGCGUUGGGGAGCAUGGGAGAGCCGGUUGAGAUAGUGAAAGCUCGUUCUGACAAGAAGGAGUACAGAAGAAUUGUGCUCGACAACUCUCUUGAAGUUCUCCUCAUUAGCGAUCCUGAAACUGAUAAGUGUGCUGCUUCAAUGAAUGUGUCUGUGGGGUUUUUUAGUGACCCCAAGGAUCUUGAAGGCCUUGCCCAUUUUCUUGAACAUAUGCUCUUUUUUGCAAGCGAGAAGUAUCCCUUGGAGAAUAGUUACUCGAACUUCAUUUCAGAGAAUGGAGGUUCAACAAAUGCUUUUACAUCUUCUGACCACACCAACUUUUACUUUGAUGUUAACGUUGAUGGUUUUGAAGAGGCUUUAGAUAGAUUUGCACAGAUUUUCAUCAAACCAUUGAUGUCGGCAGAUGCUACCUCGAGGGAAAUAAAAGCUGUUGAUUCGGAAAAUCAAAACAACUUAUUAUCUGAUGUUCACAGAAUCUAUCAGCUUGAUAAACAUUUGAGUUCAACAGACCAUCCAUUCCACAAGUUUGGAACAGGGAGCUGGGAUACUUUGGAAGUGCGGCCAAAGGAAAGAGGGAUAGAUACAAGAGAGGAGCUUCUUAAAUUCUACAAAGAAAAUUAUUCAGCCAACUUGAUGCAUCUGGUUGUUUAUGCAAAAGAUAGCCUUGAUAAAACCCAAAGCCUGGUACAGGAUGUAUUCCAGAAAAUCGAAAAUACUAAUAAAAGUUACCCUUACGUUCCUGGUGAGCCUUGCACAGCAGAGCACCUACAGAUUCUUGUGAAAGCGGUCCCAAUAAAACAAGGUCACAAGUUAAGUAUUAACUGGCCAGUUACUCCCGGGCUCCUUUACUACAAGGAAGGACCUUUGAGUUAUUUAAGUCACUUGAUUGCCCAUGAAGGAGAAGGUUCCUUGUUUUACUGUUUGAAGAAGUUAGGUUGGGCAACAGGCUUAUGGGCUUCUGAAUCAGGAAUAAGUCGCCUAUUCUCUUUCUUUGAAGUAUAUAUUAAAUUGACUGAUGUUGGUAAUGACCAUGUUCAGGAAAUUGUGGGACUGCUUUUCAAAUAUAUUAGCCUUCUUCACGAAAAGGGUGCCUGCAAGUGGAUAUUUGAGGAGCUCUCGGCUAUGAGUGAAACUGAUUUCCAUUAUCAAGACAAUAGUCAACCCAUUGAUUAUGUGGUUCAUAUUGCAUCAAACAUGCAGGAUUACCCUCCAAAAGAUUGGUUGGUAGAAUCAUCUUUACUUUUGAAGUUCAACCCAAAAAUUAUUGAAACAGUACUCAAUGAACUCACUCCGUAUAAUGUCAGGAUAUUUUGGAUAUCACCAAAAUUUGAGGGACAUACGAACUGCACUGAGCCUUGGUAUGGUACUGCAUAUUCUACUGAGAAAAUAACUGGUUCCACUAUCGAGCAAUGGAUGAAAAAUGCUCCUCUUGAAGAUUUACAUCUUCCUGUUCCCAAUUUGUUCAUUCCUGAUAAUCUUUCUCUUAAGACUAUCCCAGACAAGAUGAGCACUCCAAUUCUAUUGAGAAAAUCUCCCCAUUCGAGAUUAUGGUACAAGCCAGAUACCUUAUUUUCUACACCAAAAGGAUAUAUUAUAUUAGACUUCAGAUGUCCCAACUGUAGAAUUUCUCCAGAAUCAACUGUUCUUACCGGCCUUUUUGUACGCCUGGUGAUGGAUCACCUAAAUGAAUAUGCCUACUAUGCGGAUAUUGCUGGUCUUGGUUACUCGAUAAGUAGCCACUUUAACGGUUUCAAGGUGCGUGUUUAUGGGUACAGUCAAAAGAUGACAAUCUUGCUUGAGAAAGUUAUUGAUGAACUUCUGAACUUUGAAGUUAAACCAGACAGAUUCUCUGUUAUAAAGGAAUUGAUAACCAAAAAAUACAAAAACGUCAAGUGCCAACAGCCAUAUCAGCAAGCAAUGUACUACUGCUCGUUGGCACUACAAGAGCAAAGUUGGUCCUGGGAAGAUGUUCUCGAAGUCCUUCCUUCUCUUGAUGUUGAUAGUCUUGCUAGAUUUUACCCUUUGCUGCUAUCAAGAACUUUUUUGGAAUGCUAUGUAGCAGGAAACAUCGAAUCAAAUGAAGCAGAGUCUAUGGUCCAACACAUUGAAGAUUUAUUUUACAAGGGUCCCCAUCCUAUCUCCCGGGCUUUAUUUGCAUCCGAGGAUUUGACAACUAGAAUCAUUGAGCUUGGACAGGGCAUACAAUAUUUGUAUGCUGCAGAGGGACUAAAUCCAAGUGAUGAAAAUUCUGCCUUCCUCCAAUAUAUUCAGGUCGGUCUUGAUGAUUAUGAGCUGUAUGUGAGACUCCUACUUUUUGAAACGAUAGCAGACCAACCAGCCUUUGACCAACUGAGAUCUGUUGAACAGCUUGGUUACAUUACUUCACUUUCUCGGAUGUAUGAUUCUGGUGUUCGUGGUUUGCAAUUUGUUGUUCAAUCAUCAAUCAAGGACCCUAAAUAUGUGGAGUCCCGAGUUCGGGCAUUUCUUGACAUGUUCAAAAGCAAGCUGUCUGAGAUGUCUGAUGAGGAAUUUAAGAAAAAAGUCAAUGCACUUAUUGAUGUUAAGCUUGAGAAGUUUAAGAAUAUAUGGGAGGAAACUGAUUUUUUCUGGUGGGAAAUUUCCAAUGGUACUUACAAAUUUGAUAGAGUAACAAAGGAGGUUGCGGCGCUAAAGCAACUGACGAAAAUAGACUUGAUCAAGUUCUUUGACGAGUAUGUUAGUAUCAGUUCCCCUAAGAGGAAGGCAUUAAGCGUGCGAGUCUAUGGAAGCUCACACUCCUCGGAGUAUAAAUCAGAGAAAGAGGAGCCAGCUGAACCUGAUUUUGUUAAGAUCGAGGAUAUUUUCAGUUUCAGGAGAUCUCGCCCUGUCUAUCCUUCGUUCAAAGGGAACUUUGAGAACAAGAACUUCUAAGAGAUAGCGCUCCAACUUGUUAAUCCACAGUACAGGGAAAAGGAAGUGUACCAACCAUAUUGCCCAUAGCAUAUUCAUACCAGAUAGAUUCACCAUUACACAACUAUAUGUUAAAAUCUUAAUACUUGAAGUACUUUCUAGUUUCUAGACCUUGUUCUUAUACCAGAAGAGAAUACUAAUUGAUCCACCCAUUAUACAUUAGCUAGUGGGAUUAUACAUUUA